UGUUAUUACCCCUUCAUUAUUUCAGGUUGUAAGGAUGUUGAUCGUCAUUUUCGGAGUUUUUGCGAUACUGUGGAUGCCGUACAGAGUUAUGGUGGUCUACAACUCUUUCGCCAGCACAAAAUACAAAGACCCUUGGUUUUUACUGUUUUGUCGAAUUAUGGUUUACAUCAACAGCGCCAUAAACCCUAUCCUUUAUAAUGCCAUGUCUGUCAAAUUCAGAAGAGCUUUCCAAAACAUAUUAUGUUGUGGGGUUGGGAAGUUAAAACACGGAUCGGAUGCCUAUUCAGAGUACACCAUGGACCAAAGAGCAGCCAUCAGACUAAACAACUGUCCGGGAAUGGAAAAAUCAUAUCUUCUAAUGCCACCUAAUUCUAAAAGGAAAAAUCCAUCCAUGGAAAGCAUUACAUUGACUGAGAGUGACGGUGGACGGCCGACCAACUGACAAGGUGCGUGCCAGUUCUGAACAUAGGCUAGGAUAGGACAGGUCAGCGACACUGGAA